UUUCUUCCAGAUCCAUAGAUACCAUUCAUCGUGAUUACACGGUCUUUAAUUUCUAUAUUCCAUGAUCAUAUAUGGGUUCUUUCUCGUUUUUGUUGUUGUUGUUGUUGUUGAUGUAUUAAUUCAAAUGAGUUUUGGGGAGUUAAUUCCUCUGAAUAAUUAGAAUCUAAAACCAAAAAUAUAACACUUGGAAACGAUAUAUAUAUUAUCUGAAAUCGGUCGUUGUUAUACAUUAGUACGUAAGACCAAGCUAAGAAUGAGUCAGAUCAAAAAGUUUGACUUGUAUUUGCAUGAAAGUUUACGUACAAUUCGACUUCACCUGUGUGGUCUUGAUUAUUUCCAGUAUAUAAAGGAGACAAAGAGAGCCCAUAUGCAUCAGUUUGCCUAUCAAUAUCAUCACUUUACGAUAACCUUGAGAUCAAAGAAAACCCCUUGAGAUAUCAUUUUCCUGCCAAUACGUUCUCUUUAAUAGGUUUGGUAUUGGCAAUAAUGUUUAUAGUAUCCUUUUUAAUAAUGUCUCGUUAAUGUGUUGUCUGCUUAUAUCAUAUUUAUAAUGAAAUUAUUAGUUGUCUCUUAAAGAAAAUAAUAUAAUGUGUAGAGAAAUGGAUGCAAGAUUCUUGUACCCCUUGGAGAGCUGUAAAAUCAUUCACUUGUUGAGACAUGGACAAGCGUUGCACAAUGUAGAAGCCGAGAAGGAUAGAAAUGCGUUGUUGUCUCCUCAUCUUUUUGAUGCCCCGCUUACCGAUCAUGGUCACCAACAGGUUGAGAAUCUCCGCGAACGAGUUGUUUUAAGCGGGCUACUAAAGAGGGUUGAGCUAGUUGUAACUUCUCCGUUGUUUAGAACUAUGCAAACCGCAGUUGGAGUUUUUGGAAAUGAAUACGAACAACUGAGUAUGACAAAUAGCCCUCCCAUUUUGGCACUUGAGGUCGCUCGAGACCGUAAUGGAGUCCGUCCUCCUGACAUGAGAAGAAACAUUAGCGAGUAUCAAACUCUUUUCCCGACCAUUGAUUUCUCUCAGAUUGAAAGUGAAGAGGACAACCUAUGGAGACCGGAUGUUAGAGAGUCCGAAGAAGAGAUUUUGGCAAGAGGGUUAGAGUUCAUGAAAUGGUUAUGGAAGAGACCAGAGAAGGAGGUCGCAGUUGUUAGCCAUGGAAUAGUUUUGCAGCAUAUGUUGUAUGUGUUCGCAAGCGAUUGUGACGAGUCAAUUAGACAUGAACUUUGCAAGAGGUUUGCUAAUUGCGAAAUUCGUACUGUCGUGAUUGUAGACAAAGGGUUAGUGUGAUCUUCAUUUACUUAAUUAUGAUUAGCCAUUUCUUGACCAUUCAGUACUAGUGGUGUUAAGUUAUAUUUUUAUUUUUCAGCAUGAUGAGUUCACCUACGGAGAAUUGAUUCCAAGGAGGAAGUUUCAAAGAAUUGACGGAGUCUUCAUUAAUUAAUCAACAUUGAAGAAAUUACAUAUUAUUGAUUUUAUUGUUUUAUUCUUAAAGCUCAAUUAGCUUCUUCUAUCUACUUUUCGUCUUCUGCAUUUUUCAGGGAAAGUAUUAUCAUUAUUUUUUUUGGCCAAAAGGAAAUGUAUUAUCAAA